AUGGCCCACUCGGAGCCCAUAAAGGCGUUGACCGUGACUGGCAGUCAAAACGCCCACAACCUCAUCAGCAUCAGCUCAGACGGCAAGAUGUGCUCCUGGAGUAUGGACAUGCUGGGUCAGCCUCAGGAGUCACUGGAGUUGACCUAUCGUCAGGCUAAAACGGUCACUCCCACUGCAAUGUCUUUCUUCCCUGACGACGCCAACAACUUCCUUAUCGGUGCCUUUGAUGGUAACAUCUAUUCGGGUUGUAGACACGGCAAGUAA